CUGCGUGGUCUUACCCGCCCCCCUCUCAACCUACAAAAUGAGUCCGACCGCUGCUAUUUUACUGGUCUUGAACCGUCGAAAGAGCGACUCAUUGGAGAAAUACAGCGGGGGUUUAUCGCAUUAAUUUGAGGUUGAAUGUUCGCCUUUAACACCGAGCUUGUCUGCUUUAACAUCCGCUUCUUUUUUUUUUUUUUUUUGUCCUAAGUUGCUCGAAGCGGACGGAGACUGAAGUGACGUUUGCGUCCAUUCAUUCAUCCACAGCAACAAUGGCAGCACAGGACUUUAAUUUCUUGCUAGCGACGGAUUCUUACAAGAUCACACAUUACAAACAGUAUCCUCCAAAUGUCAGCAAAGUCUACUCCUACUUUGAGUGCAGACAGAAGAAAGACUCCCCCCUCAGUGAGGUGGUGUUCUUCGGUCUUCAAUAUCUGCUCAAGAAAUACCUCACAGGACCGGUUGUCACAGAGGAAAAGAUUCAGGAAGCCAAACUCUUCUACCAGAUGCACUUCAAACAGGCCGUGUUUGAUGAAGAUGGCUGGAGGAAGGUCCUCGAGAAACACGAUGGUCGUCUCCCGAUCCGGAUCAAAGCUGUGCCCGAGGGCAGGAUCAUUCCAAGAGGCAACGUACUCUUCACCGUGGAAAACACAGACCCAAACUUCUACUGGCUCACCAACUACAUUGAGACCAUGCUUGUCCAGAUGUGGUAUCCCAUCACAGUAGCCACCAUAUCCAGGGAGUUCAAGAAGAUCCUGGCCAAACACCUGAAGGCUACCUCAGGGAGUCUGGAGGGCCUGGACCUGAAACUGCAUGACUUCGGCUACAGAGGAGUGUCCUCUCAGGAGUCUGCAGCGUUAGGUGGAGCAGCUCACCUGGUUAAUUUCUGCAGCACCGACACCAUCGCUGGAGUUCUGAUGGCUCAAAGAUUUUAUAGCUGUCCAAUGGCUGGCUUCUCCAUCCCAGCAGCUGAGCACAGCACCAUCAUCUCCUGGGGCAGGAGUAGGGAGAAGGAUGCUUUUGAGCAAAUCCUCGACCAGUUCUCCUCAGGGCCGGUGGCUGUGGUCAGCGACAGCUACGACAUCUUUAACGCCUGUAAACACAUCUGGGGGGAGAAGCUAAAGGAGCGAGUCAUGGAGCGCAGUGACGACUCGUGCCUGGUUAUCCGGCCAGACUCUGGAGACCCUGCUGAGACCCUGAUUGAGGUCAUCAAGAUUUUGGAGGAGUGUUUUGGCUGUUCUCUGAACUCGGUGGGAUACAAAGUGCUGCCAUCUUACCUGAGGAUCAUCCAAGGGGAUGGUAUUGACCUCACCUCCGUGGAUCAGAUUCUUGAGAAGCUGAGUGAUGAAGGCUGGAGUGCUGAGAACGUCCUCUUUGGUUGUGGCAGUGCUCUGCUUCAGAAACUCAACAGAGACACUUUGAGCUGUGCCUUCAAGUGCAGCUAUGUGGAGACCAACGGCAAGGGGAUGGACGUGUACAAGCAGCCUGUGACGGACCCGUCCAAGGAGUCAAAAAGGGGUCGAUUAUCUCUGAGGAGGAACUCUGAUGGGUUCUUUGAGACCAUAGAGAGAGGGGCUGGGAAACCAGAGGAGGACCUGCUGGUGACCGUUUUUGAGAACGGCAGCCUGGUUCGGGACUACUCCCUGGAGGAGAUCAGGAAGAACGCCCGGCUGCAGGAGGAGGACCUGAAGCUCAUCUUCUACAACCACAAACAGGAGCUGCUGCACAAUCACAUCAUAAAUGACUCUCAUUAAAACCAUCAAACGCAGCGUGGAGCUCUGAAAGGCAUCUGUGCGUGUUGAUGUGGAGAGGAAAGCUGUCUCCAGCCCCACCACCUUCAUCCCGGUCGCAGCUCAGUCUUCAGGUACAUCUGCUUCCUUCACUUCCAGCUCUCACAGGACCGAACACAGAAACACUUCCUGUCAAGCCGAAGCUCAGGGUCAGAUCCAUUAAGCUACCUUCUUUUUCACUUUGUAGAUUUGAUGUCAACACUGGAGCAGAAACACACACACCGUGAAGUGUGUGUUUAAAGCUGUUUUCACAGUAAUAUCCUGCAUCUGAGCGUCCUGACCUUCUAUUAGAUUUCUUUCUGUGAAUGGUCAAGUAGACCAGAAAAUCACCACAUCCAUGCAACAGUGAAACAGAAUGGAUCAUCAGGCGGGGAUGCCAUGUUUCCUAUGAUUUCACUUUCUGCCUUUUUUUUUUCUUCUUUUGUUGGACCCAGCCACAGAUUCUAGAUGUGCUUAUUAACCCUGAGCAGCACUGUGUGCCAAUGGAAACACACCGCGUUGCACAGAGAACCACACACACAGUGAAACCAUGAUGGUGCUGACCUAUUUCACAAGUAAAAAACACGUCAUCCUCACAGGAAUGAAAAGUGAAAGCAGUCACUGACUUUUCAGCCUCGCGUCACCCGUUAGCUCCUGUUAGCUACAAGCGGCUCGAUGUGUAAGAUGACGAAGCCAAAUUUGUGUUUUUUACAGUUUAUUCCUGUGAAUACAGAUUUUACUGGAUUAAAAUCAUUGUUUUUUAUGUUAAUCAUCAUCAGGUCUUCUGAGUCGUUCUGCUGGUUCAUAUAUAACAGGAGUCAGAAUAUUAUUUAAACAUAUAAACUUAGCAGAAAAAGCCAGUAAAUGAGCGUUUGGUGGAUGUAGAAUGCUGCUGUUG